GUUGGUGCAGUGUAUGUAUGGUGUUUUGGUCAAGUCCUCUUUUACUGGGCCAUGCUUUGCCAUGGCGCCCCUGCUUUCACAGGCAGCGGGUGGUUGGAGUGUGUGGAGUUCUACAAGAGAGGAACGAAUGGCUCGUUUGCAGCGUGAAUUACUUUACCUUGGAGAAGAUAGCAAUGUGGAGGAGCUGAGGUCAAAGGUGCCAAACACAUGGCACUUGGUGGAGAUGUUUCUGAAACCAAAUGCGGAGGAGCUUGGCCCGGCAAUGCUGCCUGGGCGUGCUCGCAGUGUUGCAGGAAAGGUAGUAGAGGAGUUGCAGCGAGGUCGACAAGCUGCAGCUUCCUCUGAAGGCUUGCGGAAUUGGGAUCGUAGCCAGGAAGAGCUGAAGCUGAAGAGGCCGAAAGAAGAGCUGAAACCAGAUCUGCCGUCAAUGACGGUUCUUUUGGAUGGCUUGAACCCGGAAGAAGUUGGCUGUUUGAUGCGGACGUGUGAAGCUGCAGGUGUGCAAGAGUUGCUAUUAUGUGGCCAAACACCUGGCCCUCCAGAUGUGCGAGUGCUAAAGACCAGUUUGAAGGCGGAUUUUUUGCUUUCAAGUUUUGGCUUGCUUUGAAUGAAUGAAAGCAUUCGUAGAAUAGAACGAGCUGCAGGCUAGGUUGAGGGUUGUGGCGACAUGUUCUAGUCACUAGUCUAGUUCAUAUAUCAAACUUUUGUGCUCCUUGGUUUGGUUUUGCACAUGGAAAGACACAAGACGGCGAAUGCAAAUUGCGAACGAGGCUGAAGCCUUCCUGCCUCAUCGCAGGGUGGGGCCUUUGGAGCUUGAGCUUUGGAGGCUACAGAAGGCUCAAAACUCUCCAAACUCCCAGCUAACAUGCAUUCAGUCCGUUUCAUGUCCGUUCGAUGAUCAUGCCUAUAUGAUCAUGAAAAUACAUUGAGCAAGAGUUUGUAUGUUUCUCUGAAUCGAAAUCGCUAGGCGGGAGUGCAGACCUGGAGUUUGGAGGCCCAAGCAGGAGGGGCAAGCAGAACGCUUGCAAUGCCACAGGUCACAGCGCUGGAGGUUCCUUUGGCCCUCGCUGUGAGCAGUGAUUAUCCAAAGUGGGAGAGAUGCAUUCCGGCGCCCAUGUUGAAAGCAAUUUGAUUGAUGGAGAAGAGAGAAGCAAGUACCUCUUGUUAUAUACUAGCUUCUUGUUGCUAGCGAUGCCCUUGUUACUAGCUUUUACUUUGUGAGAUGCCAAGAUUGUAAGGUGCCAUAUUUGAGCAGUAUUCAAUGCAGCAUGGAUGUGAUCGCAAGCGUGGCUCCAUUGCUGCAUUCUGACGGCCCUGGUGACGGAUUGAUUACAGUUGAGUCAGUUGAGGCUAUUUUCAAGAUCAUGAAAUGCCUGAAAUAUGGAAUCAAAAAAAAUAAUUAACAAUACUACAAUUACCGUAUGAAAUUAUACCAGGUAAUCUGUAGCAAAGUGUUUAAGUGAAUUGCAAUGAGUGGAUGUGAUUUCAGCUGGCAUGAACAUGGUGAUUUGGUGAUGUUUUGUUGCAUUGUGGCAAUGUGCUGAUUUGGUGCUGGUGAGGUGUAUUGUGGUGAUAUGGUGUGAUGUGGCCUGAAAUGUAAUCUGGUGUUUUAGUGAUGCUAGUAGGUUGAAGGUCAUCGCUAGUAGGUUGGGCUAGUAGUUGGAGGAGGCCAUCGCUAGUAGUGACUUGUGAUUUGGUGAGUUGUAUGCGGUAAGUAGUCAGGGUAAUGAAAUGCGCGAUGUUUUUUGAAUCUGUGGUUAUGCAAGAACGAAUGCCCUGUACGUCGGGCUUGUUUUCCACUUGAGCCAAAGUGCGUGGUACACUUCUUGAUUUAUGCGAUCGAGCGGAAUGCGAUUCACACUCCCCCUGGCUUUCUUAAAGCCAUUCAUGGAAUCGAGCGCCGUUGGUAGGUUUUUUCGUCUACCGCUGGCUGACCUCGAAAAAACUGUCCUCGGACUCGGAUGAGUCCUCACGAACCCUUGAGGUUCCGGAAAAACCGCGACGCGGCUCCCAAGGGUCUCCAGACCGGGGCCUCACUGGCGCUUGCGUGGCUAUGCCCAUCCAGGUUGGUGUCUCCUCCUCGGAGUCCUCUUGCCGUCGUUGGUCGUGAUCAGGACCUCGAUAGCCUUCUCGGCAAGGCGGAGCUAAGUUGUUCCGCACAAUCCUCCAGCCUCGUGCCGUCACCUCUUCCAAGGAUGGAGGUUCCUCUUCAUCUUCACUCACCAGCGAUCGCCUCCAGUCUGCUCGCUCGGCCUCACCCGUCAUGUCCCGCAUGAUGGCCAGCCAAUCAUCACAUUCAUCAUCGCUCAGAGUGGUGCCAUCAUGUCCACCUGGACCCUGUGCCCAGUAGGUGGCCGGGUCAUAGCCCUGAUCUUCAC